UGCCCAUUGGCAAAAACUGUAGUUCCAAGACUUUAGACAUCUUCUGAUAAACCGAAAUAUGUAGUGACAGUAAACAAAACUGAUGAUACUAUAAUGACAGCAACAAUGUCACUUGUUAGCCUGAACUCAGGAGUAAAACUCUUGAACCUUUGAACCACAUCUUUCUAAACAAUUCGGGUGAUCAUGUUGAUGCUCAGUACAAACUUGUCAAACUACUAGAGGAUAAUCAAGCACAAUACAAAAUGUCAGUAACGACACUUUUCCUCCAAUAUUGCACAACACUUUAGCCAAGAUUUGAGAAGUUAGCUUGCUAAACCAAAACAAAUGUACUGAACUUCCGCAUUUGGAUUAAUCACUUUCACAACCACAAAGAUACUGUUGCGCAGAUCAUGAAGUGCGUUAAAGGCAGUGCUGCAUUUAAAGACACUUCCUUCCACCUGCUGGCUUGUGCCUGAAAUGUGAUGACCAAGGAGUCCUCAACAGCUCAUAAAGAAAGAUGGAUCGUAAUGAUGAGAGAAUCAAAAGAGCUUUAAGACGCCGUCCUUAUGUGUUGAAACCAGUGAGGGUGAACACCCCUGAUUCCGUGUUGUGGCCAACCGGCAAGGUGCACAGAAGGCCACAGCCUUCUACUUCAGUGCAGACCCCUCAGAUCCACAAAAGGCCUCCAAUCAUUGUGAGCUAUGGGCAGGACCAGACAUCUGGGGAUGGAUGGAGCAUCAAUCCAGAGCCUCUCAGCCAGUCUGGAAGGGUGACUCGGCUGAUAGAGAGAAAAUAUGAUGACGUGAUCUCAUCCUCCAGUUCUGAUGACUUUUCCAUCUACUCCUUCACUGACUGUGAAUCUGAGUGUGAUGAUGAGGAUCAUGAAAGGAGGACACCACCGCUGAAAGUUGAGAAUGGAAAGGUGACAAAGCUUGAUGUGAGGGAUAUGGACGAGGAUGAUCUGUCUCUCCACUCCUUCGAUGAGUCAGACUUCCUGAGCCCAGGGAAGGUCUCAGGUCCUGUAUCUGUCAAGAAUGGCCUCUCUCCUCUUGUGACCUCAGCACACCGGACCCUGGCUGAAGCCCUACGGGCCCUGCCCUCUGCUGUAGGCUCUCCCUACCCAGUAAAUGUUCCAAGGCAUCGGACUCCUCUCAACCCUGUCAUUAUCGCUCCGCCCCGAACAGAGAACUUCCCAUACCGCCACAGCCCUCGCCUGGCUCCCAUCACCAACCUGAGCGAGACCGGCAGGAAGCUGCUCCAGGAAAUGGCUGGAGUGGCCCCACAGGAAGGGAAGGUCAAUAAGAAAAAGAAGGGCAAGGCCAAAAAAGAAUUGAAGCCAGAGAAGGCCAGUAAGACGCAACAGAUGGGAAAUGUUGGAGAAAGUAAGGAGGAGGGCAAGAAAGAGGAAAAGAAGAGUCUGAGGAAGAGGUGA